AGCGCAAAUACACAUUUGUUACAUUUUUAAUUUUAUUAUCAUUGUUCGAUCAGGGAGUUGUUAUCAACAACUCCCUGGUUCGAUUCAACGUAAAGUAUUCCUUGAUUGUAUUUACAUUUGCACUUUGACACGACAAUACAGAUUAUUAUUUUGGGGAAAACCAGACUGCGGAAGCGAUGUCUAGAGCAGACUAGCACAAAUAGCUGUAGGCCUAUUAUUGUUUUAUAAUUUCUGAACUCUAGUGUGAGUAAUUUAUAGCAGCAAGGAACAUUUAAUAUAUUUUGAAAACUGGCAUUAAUCCGAUUACAGUAGGCCUAUUUUUUACUCGCAAUCUCAUGCUUACUUGUCUCAUGGAGGUAUUCUUGUCUUAACACAACACAAACUGUAGUGUGAAAACAUCGAGUUAUUGUCCUCGUGACUGAUCAUCAAUACCAGUAUGUAGCCAACCUAAAUUGAGGAUUUAAAGUAUUCAAUAAUUAUAUUAAAUAUUCAUAAUUUAAAAGUAUAUUAAAAUAUUCAUUGGAUUUUCAAAAUGCACACUACGGGCUCGACGAAGGUUACCUGCUGACCUUGCACUGUGACUAAAUACGCUAUUUAUAACUGUGGGGAAAACCCAGACUGCAACAACGAUACGUUUUCACUUUAAAAUACAGAUCGACUAGGCCUAUACCUCCUGCAGGCUUCAAAACAGCUUUUUCAGGCUUGGUUUCUGAGUGUUACGGUUAGUCUAAUCGAAUAAUAUCUGAAAUGUCUGCUUUGGGUUCUUUGGAGUUGUUAGCAGCUGGGUUCUCCGCAUCAUUUGGAGUCGAGGUUCUACCUCCGGGUGCAGCUACAGAUGGGGCAUCAAAUGCUCCACAAAAGCUCACCAUCCACGACCUCUUUCACAUCUCCCAUUCCAUGGUUCCAAGGGAGAUGCCUGCGACGACUGGUGGUGAAAUCGAGGUGAAUAUUCGAGGUCUGACUGGGGCAACGACUAUGGUAAGAGUGACGACAGAUACUACCAUUGGAGAGAUGAAGAAAAUGACGAGCGACAAGCUAGAAAUAUCAAAAACACUAAAAUUUAUUUUUGAUAGGAGGAUCCUGGAAGACGAGAAGACGGUUGCGAUGGAAGGAAUCUCAAAUGGUAGCACUGUAAACUACAUCAUUUUGAGCGAAGACAGAAAAUUAGAUGGCGUCUUUGAAAUGGAUACGUCUUUACUGGCUUCCGGUUACAAUUACGAUUUUACGAGACAGAGGGAUGGAAAUGAUGUUUACAUGAGAGGAAAUUAUCGCUAUCAUCGUCCAUGUGGUUGGUAUAGGUACGCAGUUGCUGUUACUGGUGUUUACGGAGAUAACACAUGGCUUGGGCCAAAUGGUAUACGAACGGCAACCUCGCCAGGAGAAUGGCCUGUCUCCUACCAUGGAACGAAGAUGAGAGACGAAUGUGAAGUUGUCCGGAAGUUCAGAGAGGGUCCUGAGGCAGAGUACAUCAAAGGAGUCUACAGCAGUCCUUCCUUGGCUAUGAUCGAUGAAUUCUACGCACAGAUUUUCGAAUUUGAAGGGAAAAGAUACAAGAUCGCCUUGCAGAAUCGAAUUAAUCCUGACAAGGCUGGUGGCCACAUGAAGAUCAUUCCGGCAGAUCAGACGGAGGUAGGAGCUGACUACUGGAUAUCACCAAUGGAAGAUCAAGCUGAAAGAGUUUUUGAUGUCAGACCUUACGGCAUUAUCAUCAAACAAAUCUAAGGCUAACCAACGUUCUGUAUUAUCAACUGAAUCAGAUAUGAAAAAUACGAACUACAGUACAGUACAACAUAAAUACAAUAUAACCAUCUAUAAAGCGACCGUGUGUCAUGUUUCAUUAAGACACGGAACCUACAGUAAUGUCGCC